AGGGUGAUGCGACUUCUUCAACUUCUCACGGCUCCAACUCAAUUCUACCAUCGGUGGAAGUUGACAAGACUGCACAAUCGGGGUCCCAAAAGAAACGCGGCAGAAAACGUAAAGUACUUUCGGGUAUCGCGGCCCUAAACGCAGCCAGAAAAGCGGGCACUUUUGGUAGCGAACAGGACACGCCGCUUACUUUGUCGCAGUCAGUAAUGCCACCACCCACCUCUACCCCAAUACCUGCUACCGCGCUUCCGGUAGAGGUCCUCGUCGAAAAUUAUUUCGACGAAGUUGACGAUUUGGCGAUGGCAAAUCUACAAAUCGCCGAAAAUACCGAACGUCGUCUGCGAGUACCUCAACGGGUCACCGACAUCACUGCCGGCUAUUUGGACACCCUGUUUUACGAUCUUGCUCGAUACGAUCUGAUGGCACAAUUCCACGAUCCGACAUCGCAGAUGAACGUAAACAGCGUAUUCGGCUACAUGAUGUACGUCGCAUACUUGGCGCAGGAUGUUAUCAAGUCAGUUUUGAUUAACAUCGGGUACACGAUAGGCGUAUGGAGCAACGCGCCCGUCUCGUCAACCGUAGGCGCGUGGGGCGAUCGUCACGAGUACGAGGUACUGUUCGUCCCGAUCUACUUCCCGGGACACUUCGCACUGGUGAUUCACGAGCGAAGAGGCCGAACCGUACUUUACGACCCCCUGCCCAACAAAAACCGGUUCGACAACGACAACGCCCGCUACAUACCCGCCAUCAAGGACGCAAUUCGCGAAUUCGAUCCGUUCUUCGCGUCCAACGACGCCAUCGACAUCGAAAUUGCCGACCCUGCAAGUUACAACGUUCAAAGAGACGGGUACAACUGCGGUUAUUACGUCUCUCUCUACGUCGAAACGUACCUCACGAACGACAAAAGGAUGCUUCUGGCAGAUUUCAAUAUCGCUACCGAACGUCAAAGGGUUAACGGUUAUGCUAUUCGAACUGUGUCACGGACGAGUUCCGCAGUACGAAGCCAGACACGACGAUCCUUUCCACCCAGUCGAAGUGGACGACGUCGACGAGGAGAUGCCGGUCGUCCAACGCAUCUCGCCCGCCGAAUCCGACUCGGACGUUAGCAUGGCGUCUGUAUCUUCGACCGAUAGCAGACGAUCUACCCGAUCCGGUAGAAGCAAUGCCAGCUACAGCGAGAGCAGAACGACGACCAAGCGCACUUUGAAACCGUUAAAAUACUGCAAGAAAAGGCACGGCAAAUACGGUUGUUUUGCGAAAUGCGCCAAGCACAGAAUCGAUUACCUCGAUU